UAUUUUCUUAUUGAGAUUGUCAACAGCUUGCCCAAUUUCAAAUGCAAGUAAGUUAGAAUGCUUUUUUCUUUCAGUUCUGUAAUAGACCUUGUCACGGUUUUCGACGCCAUCAUCUUGACGAGUAGGCAAACGCGUGAGAAAUUACAGCGUUUGUAUGAGAAUCUAAUGUCGAAUGAUUUCGGUAAAACGGCUGUUCUGAAAAAAAUAUGAUUCGUAAACUAAAGCUACACAGCAAAGGAUUUUACUAACAACUUUUGGGGGCCGUUACUGUGCUUAAAUUUCUCCAGAAGCUUGCUUUAGAUUUCAACAUAUUUGUCUGCAAUUUUUCGCGGGAAAUUUUUACAGACAAAUGUAUAGAAAAUUUAAUAAAAAGGUUUUAGGUCUUCUAGCGCAUGUAACACCCUCAAUGGGAUGUACUAUGGUAAUUUUAUUUCAAAUUAUAUGAAGUCAACGUUGCCUCUAAUUUCGCAGACCCAAAAACUAAAUCCUAAACAGCGUAACAGAAAUUGUACUAGUUACAUUAGGAACAUUACUAGUAUAGAACUCAGUUUUGUGGCUAUAAAAAACACUACAACAAGGGAAAGUCAUUUUCAACACUUUUUUGUUUUUCGUUAGCCUCUGAAAGUCGCCUUUAGCGAUUAUGGCAAACCACCUUCAGCUUUUCUCAGCUUUUCUCACGAAAAUCGAAAUUUCUGGAAGUGCCUUCUUUCCUAUUCAGAAAUUCUAUUUUCUAAGUUUAGCCUGAGGUUCUAAGGCUUAGUAUUACGAUCUUCGUUUGCAAUAAAAAUGUAUAUCAUAAAUUAAAAUUAAAUGGGUUUAGAAUAUCGAAGAAACAUUUCUUAUUUAUUUUCAUUAAAGUCUUGUUUACCUAAACACAUACGUUUCAUGUACAAACCAAUAUAACCUAAGAAUUGUAUUUAAUCAGAAGACUGGAAUUUUCGAAUGAUAAUAUUCAGAUUUGUUUUUCUGCUUUUUAUUAUGAUUUAGAAUAUUCUGUUUAAGAAAGCGACAGGAAGUUUUAGGUCUUCAAAGACUACUGAACUUAUCUUUUACGUCAGAACAAAGUGACAAGCAAGAACAGCAAAAUAUGACGGGUUGCUUACUCAGGUUCAUAUAUCCAAAUAAAGGUUUUUUUUUAUAAACUGGGAAACAGAACAUUUUGGCCAAAACGUUACCAUUGUGUGUCAAAGUAGCCGAUCAAUACCCUUCCUGCCACUCACAAAGUAAAAGGUCGUGAAAACAUGCAUGGGCAAAAAGAGCAUUUAUCUUUCGGUAAGUGCACUAUCAUUUUUCUUAAUUCAGCAGAAAAAUUUGAAUACAGUCCAGAAUUUGAAAGUGUCAUUAUCGAUACAGGAAAUGAAACAAGAAAACCCCAGAUUCAAAUUGUCACUACUGGUACUAAUAAUUUGAUUAAGACGUAUCAAGGAUGCUCAACGAAACAUCAAUACACUGAUGACAUGGGUUUGCAAUGGACCUACCAAGUGGCUCGUUUUAAGUUUGUUAACACCGUCAAAAUUGGAAAUCCAGUUUACAUCGGAGGAACUGAAGCGUUGUCAUUAGAGGGAGAAAACAUUGUGGUAAAUGAAAAAGGAUCAUUUGAGGUUGACAUAAACUCAUCAACAAGUUUACAAUUAGCCAGUUUUGUUGGAGGGUUUGUUCCAAAGAUUGGCUAUAGUGGUAUGUACAAUAUUCCAGUUUUAAAUGCCAGGUUUUGGUCUCAUUGUAAACGUGAAUUUCCUAGCAAAAAACUGUUUUCUACUUAACCCCCCGUUAUUUUCGUUAAUCCGAUUGACCACGUUUUCAUGCUCUCUAACUAUCGCAUAGCACCGCCUUAUAAUGGUCCUGGUCGAGGUAUCUACAGUAACCUGGUAGCUGGAGGUGCUGGACAUGGGGGACAGGGAGGAGGAGACAACGUCCUCGCUAGCUCGUAUGGUGCUGUAGACAUUAAUCAGUAUCUGGGAGGAAGCACAGGUAUAGUACAGUAACUUUCAAUUAUUCACUUUAUUUGCAGUAAAACAUCUAACAUCGUCUUACUUCUAAAGAACACGCAAAACUUCAUGGGGCGCCGUUUUUUUUCCACACUCAUGGUUCAAUUAUUAUUCAUAGGCGCAGCUCCCAAAAUACUGUGAGAAAAGGGCACUUCAAGGCGUAACCAAGACCCAAGAAGUGACCCAGUAUCGUGUCCCUUGGCGAGGGCGUCAUUCUGAAAAGUUUGGUGACGUCAUCAUAUAUCCAGUUCUGGUUGCUUACCAGUGUCUAAGAGGCGAACAAACACAGGAUGUCUGCUUUGACUGGUUGAUUGUUUGAUUAACUAACUAAUCUAUGGAUCAAGCAAUCGAUUGAUAUUGAUUGAUUGAAUGAUUGUUUGAUUGUUUGAUUGAUCCUGGUGGAUUGCAGUUAAAUCAGGAGGACUGAAAUGAAUAUCUCGUUCUACUCAUUUAUCUUCUUAGGGGGUUUCACGGGACCAAAUCUUCCUGGUAUUGGCGGACCAGCAAUGGAACUCAAGGCCGUUGGCGCUUUAAAGAUCGGUGAGUCUAUCAGCAGCAAUUAUUUUUACCCAUUAAUUUACACGUAACAUACUGUUACCAAAUGAAACUGACCUUUUUGUUCUCAGAGCUGGGCCUGAACUUGGGGCGUCCGGAUUGUAAGUCCAACAGUGGUAACCUUUUUUUAUCUGAUCACAUCGGAAUGUUUCUGCAGUUGGGUUUUGCAGAGUAAACGGCCAUUUACUUUGUUCAGAAAACCGAAAUCACACGAAAAUUGCACUCACACAAAACCUGACCUCCUGUCAGUGGAUCGUUAAGAUCCAUUAAGAUUGUAAAACACGACAUUUUCCUUAUUUUUUUAAAGGUGGAAGAAUUAUAGCAGAUGCGCACAGUCUGACAGAUCAGCUAAAUCAACAUGACCUUAUAGCAGGGAGUUCAGGGGGCCUUGUAAGGCUGCUAGCACAAAAAGUAAGAACUUCUAAGCCAGUUUUUUACUUAUUUGCAAGUUAGAUAAGUGUUUUUGCUAAUUAGCCAAUACCGCACGGGGUUGUGUGAACUGCCAGACCAUUAUGGCUCUUGAAAGACUACUCAAGCUUUGUUUGAAGUUUUUUUGAUCUUCAUAGAAGUUACAAAUUGAAUUAAAUUAAAUCACAACAUACAUGUACACGCAGACAUCCUCUGCUCACAAAUAGCUUGGCUAGUCGAGGCGGUUAGAGGAAAACAUAAACUACUUUAUAACUAGGAAGAAGAGGAAUUAAGAUAGGUCUAUAUAAAUGACAUAAGAAGAUGGGCUGAAGUUAAUACAAUACAACGGUACAAAAUAUACAAACUUAUUUAACAAGGCCUUCAAAAACGAUUGAAUCUCCAGUUUCGAAGCAAAUUUUAAACUCAUUAAAGCCAAGAUAACCUUAAUUGGCUUUUAAAUGCUUAUAAAGCUUUCUUGAACUCCUGAGCUAUGCAGCCUGUUUCUGAAGGCAGGCCCUAUUCACAUGUGGGAUCAUUGGGCCUCCGCCUGGUGUGGCGCAUAACUCUGAAUACUUAUUAUAGAUGUACUGGUUGUAUUGUAUUAUGUGAAAAUUUAAAUUUUGACAAAUCAUUGGUUCAUUUUCGUCACGAAAUCGAAACUUCCGAUGACUGCGAGUUAGACCUUAAAAUCAGAAAUUUAAAAGAUUACUCCUACGUAAAAGGGAAAAAAGAAAGUUGGGCUAUGUAAAUAAAUUCAGACGCAUUUAAUGUGCUCUGCACUCAAAAAAGAUUUUUUUUACUUGCAGGUUAAUAUUUCCCAAAGCGCUUCAAUUUCCCUCAAGGGACUUAAGGGCCUUUGUGGAAGAAGUCCCUGCCAAGCCUGUGGUGGAAGUGGAGGGAUCUUUCAAGUUCUAUCUCACUCUGGAUACAUCGCACCUAACACAGUUUCACUAAAUGCUGGAAGCAAAAGCGACGGGUGCAAGACCCACGCAGAGAAUGGUUUUCUGUACAUAAGUGGUGAGCCUGUUUUCAGAAAAUGAUUUCAUAUGACAAACCUUUCAUAGUUCCAUAGUGGUUUCUCUUAUUCUCGCAUGAAUUUCAGUCUAUCUAUCUUUUAACGAAAGGCUGCUGGAUAAGAAUCAAGAAAAGCGGUUUACGAUUUGAAGAAGGUUUAUUUGAAAUUUCCUGCAUCAACAAUUCUACUGGUUCUUUGGCAUAAUUUUUCAGAUUGGUUCAAUUUCUUUUAUGCAGGAAUAAAACAGGGAAACGUUACUUCUUUUCCCUUGAGUGAGUUCUACUGGGAACAAAGCUCUUCUUCAAUAAAAGUUACACCGUCGUCUUCAGGAAUCAUCGCGAAAAAAAGUACGAGUAAAGAUUCCUUUCUUGCUUCAGACGAAGCGAUGUCGACUUACUCAACCGUGCCAAUACUAUAUAGCCCGUCAACACACUAUCCUUGUGUUACAAUGUCUUCCGGAAAUCCAUCGGUUACUUCAACGCUGGUCUGUGAAGGUGAGACAACGUUAGUGUUCUAAUAGUAGUAUAGGAUUUCACGAAAAAUAUCGGUUUUCUUUGCCAGGAAUCUUUUAGUCGACGUCUUCAUAGCCUUUUGUCUUUAUCUCGAUCUUGUGGAUAAAAUGCGGGAGGGAGAGUAUUAAGGUAAGAUCAUGUGCUAUUUUUAGGUGGUUCAGCUGGAUUGACAGUUUUCUAGUUGUUUUUAGGUAGAGAAUGUCCUGGUUUUUGAGUGACUGGCCAGAACCUGUAAAACCGGUUGAAUCACCCAAAACUAGCACAGGACCUUAUGUUUAUGAGAUUCAACCGCAUUUUCUUCAUGAGAAAAAGACAAAAGGCUAUGACGGCAUCGGCGUUGUUGUAUUCCUAAGCGAGUUAAUAGGAUUCCUGCACAAAAAACGUAUUUUCCGGGACGCCGUAUACUACUUUUAAAAAAGCCCUUCCACAAGCUGACAAUAAUCAGGUUCACUUCAAAUCUGUCAUGUAAAUAUGAUAGUUUGCUUAAGCGACGUUUUUAGGGAACGAAGACCCUGUUCAUUUUGCGUGAAAACAUUUUCAGUUCCUCAUCCUGAAAAAGGGAAAGACAGAAUCCAAGAUUUACUUCGCCUUCAUGAUGAAAUAAAGACAUACAAGGUAAACGCUUGUUUCUGCUCUUAUCUUUUGAUUUCCACAUUUAAUUAAUAUUGACCUAAUUUAGGGCAAAAUCGAUGGAUAGCUUUUUUUGCGUGGUUUGAUUUGUCCCCGUAACUCGAAACCUUCGGCUAAUUUAUUCGCGUCUCGGGUUCAUAUCCAUCAUUAUUCACCUUCACCUGUUUGUUUGUUAUGUGCUGGAAUGGUAAUGAGUAAGCUGACUCAUUUUUCUCUUAAAGAUUGUUGCUUAGCUUUGGCAUUUUAAUUCUGUUCAUGUAGAAAAUAGCUUAAUUCUUUACAAUUUUUGUCCUUUUCAUCAUUCUUGAAGGAUAUCAUGGAUGACAUCUCCAAUCACGUUAUGAUUUCAAAGUAUAUCAGAUUGUUUAAUGAGUUGAUAGAAGCUGGAAAUCUCACCGCCGAUGCCAUUAAUAUUAGCAUUUCAUUGGUAGAAGAGCUCACUGAACUUAUAAUGCUGGAAAUGGAAGUUUCAGUGAACCAGUCUGAAAUAAAGGUAAAGUUGAACUUUGCUUAUAGAUGACAUACAUGCUGUAGCUAUUAGUAGACAAGGACUAUGAUGACCUCCUAUGCUACAAGCGAUAUACGUACAGUAUGUAUCAUCUCCAUAAAUAAUAAUAUUCCAUUUUUUUCUGGCUAAGGUUUUUGCUUGACUGUUAAUCUUGUAGAAUCAGCUGUCCACUUUGGUGACUACUGUUGAUGAAAUUCUAAACGAGAAUGAUGCUGCAGCUUGGCGCACAAGUGGAAUGGUGAGAAUUAAGAUUUUUUUGUAAUAGCCCACGUUCGAUAGUAUAUGAAAGUUCUAACAUGACCACAAAGCCUUCUGGUCAUAUUUCUAUUAAUUAUGGUUUGGUUUUAUUCGUGAUCAAGUUUAUUCUGGGAAUUACAAGACAACAGACUCGUAAAAAAUUGAAAUUUUGUCCGCAAACCCUCGGAUUCAUGUUAGAAUUCUUAUGUAUCGAAUCUGGCCUAUUUAAGCUAAAUUUCUGACAAAGAAAGUUUUCCUUUGCCAGCCACCUUGUAGAAACCAUGUCAAGUCUGUUCUGGCCGAGAUAAAAAAAAACUGUAACGUUUUUCCAGUCAGAAACUAAUAUUACCCAAGGAAAAAAAAUAGACUUUAGCUAAGGACUCAAUUGACGAGCGCUAAAAGAGCGGAGCACAAGCUCGCUUGUUUUACACGUAUUAUACUACUACAUGGGAAAUUUCUACAAUUUGAUUGGCUUAGAGCAGUGGUAUUUCAGCUUAAUUUGAAAUACCUUCAUGUGAAAAUUACAAACCUUUUGCGGGUAGUAGUAUAAACAAAUAAUAGCAUGAUUUGCAUGUGAUAUUUGGGAUAAAUACCACUCAUGAUAUUUCAAACUUGUCUUAAAUCUCACUCGCCCAACGGCUCGUGAAAUUACGUAUAGCAAGUUUGAAAUAUCACUCGAGGUAUUUAUGCCAAAUAUCACUACAAAUCAUACCAUUACCUAUACUAAUUAAUCAAUCAGAAUAUCGACAGAAUUGAUGGGAAAUUAUUAAGUUAACUUUUUUUGGUCUGUAGAUUAUGAACUUGGUGGAAGCUGUGGAAAAAACCUUGUCUUUAGCCUUAAACUUCUCAUCUUCAAUAAAUCAAAGCUUGUUGUGGGACAGAAGAAAUUUUGGUAAGAACAUUAAAGAACCGUACACUCAGAUAGUUAUGAGAAUAACCUACUGGCUAAUGAACCAGGAACUUAAAACAUGUUUAGCUUAGUCAUAAUCAUCUGACCAAAACUUUGUCAAGCCAAAGGCUCCUUUAUAUUCCGCCAGACUCAAAAGUGCGAUAUUGGUUACUGAUAAAAUUUGUCCGAAAAACAUAAUUUUACCUGUUAUUGUUUUCUUACUUUCUCUUUACAGAUAUUUUAACCAGUAUAGAAUACAUCCUUUUGGAUAAGCGUAACAUCACUAUUCCUAACUCUAAAGACCAAGACAUAUUUACCGGUUUUAUAACUUUUCAACCAAGCAACGGUGGUAUUGAGACACCUAAAACAAGCAAAGGUACUACAUCCAGUACGGAGAAUCAAAAUCGACAGCUCCACCAGAUUAUCUCAGUCUAGCAAAAUAUUUAUUUCAUAAAAUACUUUCCUAAUUAUUUGCGCCUUGACCAGCCUCGGUCAAUUAUUAGUUUCUUGAAGGGUAGUGGGGGUGACGCAGGUGUAUUAAACCUUCAAAUGGUUCAUUCAUUCUUUCAGGUCUGCAGUUUCAUCUGUACCUGUCCGAUCUGAAGGAGUUAGAGCAGUGAAAAUCAGAUUUUGAAUUAAGGAUUCAAUGUUGUUUAUCGUUUUACCAGCAUUAGUAAUUUACAUAUAAUCGAUUCAAAAAUAACUCGUUGACUUCUUAAAAAUAGAACUUUAUGUCUACGCAGGUUGCUUUAUUGUCGGCAUAGUCGUGUUUAAUAAUCUUACGACUCACUUUACAAAGAAACAUCAACCGUCAAACAACAGGUACAGUAAGAGAAAAUUUCUAGGUUAUAAUAUACUAUUUUUACCAUAUUAUUUUUAUUAAUUGUUAACAUUUAGAUGGUUCUGUGAUGUAGGCCAGAACAGUUGGAAAAAAAAGCGAUUGAUAUUUUCCAAUAAGUAGAUAAAUAAUAGCACUUCUUGGUCUAAAUAAAACAAAACUAACGUAUCAGAUCAUGAUCAUGUGUUAAAUACGCUUAGCACUAUGGGGCAUAUAUAAUUUAAAACUUUGUGUCUACAUAUCCACCUGCCCGUGAUACUCCACUAGUGAUUGGCUGAUCGAUUGAUUGAUUGAUCGAUCGAUCGAUCGAUCGAUUGUUCGAUUGAUUGAUUGAUCGAUUGAUUGAUUGAUUGAUUGAUUGAUUGAUUGAUUGAUUGAUUGAUUGAUUGAUUGAGCAAGCAAGCAAGUGAGUGUAGUUUAUUUAUCCGUACUAAAAUUUAGAUUCUACUUGCUCUGACACAGGAAAGAUGAUGGCCAACUUUUUCUCAACUCGGAAAUUAUCUCAGUGAUUGCAUCUUACGACGGCAAACCAGUUCAAAGGCUCAAGAAAGAUGCAUUGUUGACGUUCGAGAAGAAGGUUUGUAGUUUUGUGAAGUAGAGGAGUAUCGAAGUCAAAACAGUGUUGAUCAAAGAUGUCUUUUCGUUUGCACCUGUACUUGUGUGGUAUUUCUGUAUGAGAGUAAAGGUCGUGGUGUAUGAUAACCGUGUCUAGUUCUUUGUUCUACAUUAUAGACAAGUGAUGGGAAAGAGCCUCUGUGUGUCUUCUGGAAACCAGUUCCAGGGUUAGUUAUAUUUCCUACUCACUCUAUUAAUCAGAGUUGUCAAUAUACAAAACUAACACGCGAUAUUGUUACUCCGCAGUGAAAGGGAAUGGUCAUCGGAAGGUCUUUCCUUAAUAACAACUAACAAACAGCAAAUAAUUUGCUCCACCAAUCACUUAACAAGCUUUUCUGUAUUGAUGCGCUGGACCGAUGUAAAGGUACAUGUGGUAUAUAUAUAUAGUGUGUAAGCAAUAACUGUUAGCUAUAAGGAAGGUAGUGAUGGCACCUAUUCGUUUAUUACUAUCCUUUGCCACUGAUGGAAAAGAACAUUAUAAAAUUUAAAAAAAAAAGACAUUAAAUAUAUCGCUUCACUUAACAGGUCUCCCCGGGCGAUAAGUAUGCGCUGGAUGUUAUCACCUACAUUGGCAGUGGAGUAUCACUUGUUGCCCUUGCCUGUGCGAUAAUUAUAUUUUUAUGUCUGGGCAGGUAAUUAUUAUUAUAAAAGUUACUUCAGUCUUGCAUCCCGGCUGACAGACAUAGGGCCUAGGUAACAAAAAAGAAGUUGUAAGAGCAGUUGGUUUUUUUACCACUGGUAUACGAUCAUAUCCAUACCUUUUACAUGGAGGUGGGGGACCCCAGGUAGGUGAGGUAACCCGCUUAGCUGGGGUAACCCGCCUUUCCAUACAGUCGCUCAUUUUAACUUGAUCACGUUUACAUGAUAGGUGGGGUGACUCGCCACAUGUUACCUCACCUAUCUGGAGUCCCCCACCUCCAUGUAAACAGGCCCUAACUACUUGUUUAAAGUAUCCAUUUAAAAUUUUCCAUUAUGAAGUCAAUUAUAUUGUUGGAUGCAUUUCCUUUGUUAAAAGAAUUCAUUGCUAGGGUAAAUUGGUGCACCAGGUGAUGAGUGCUGUUACAUACCAUUCAUGAAGUGAUUUUAUUUUCAAGUUAUUAAUGAGUUUAAAAAUCAGAAAAAGACUGAUGUAUAUUUUGUGCUAUCAGAUCGCUGUCAGCUAUCCGAUACCGCAUUCAUCUCAAUUUGUGCAUUGCCUUAGCUGUGGCUCAAGUUGUGUUUCUUUCGGGGAUUGAAGCUUCAAGUUCACGGGUAAAUUGAGCCUUUUAUAUGGUGCCAAAUAAACUAGUAUAUAAACUUUAUCACAGCUAACUGAUUAAAUCAAUUAAUAAAUAAAUAAAUAAAGUUGUUACACGAACAAUCAAUCCACAAGGGACAAAUAGUAUAAACCCUCGGUCAUACAAGCAAAUUCGUACCCCGGCGGCUGUGGUUAAUGUUGCGAGUUAGAUGGACUGAUCCACUUUCGAUUUUUUGCAAGAGAGAGUAAUGACACAGAGGUCCUCUCUUGAUUUGGAAAGUUCAACAGCUUGCCUAUGACAAGCUGUACAAGGUAACGUUGAUACCAUGGGAGAUAGCAUUAAUGAGGACGUGUAAUUUUUAAUGAAAAUGGCUGCCAUAUCGGCCGCCACCUUGGAAUUUACAUUUUUUUUUUUCCAGUGGAUAUGCACCACAGUGGCUGUUCUUCUUCACUACCUGUACACCGCAAGCUUUACUUGGAUGUGCGCAGAAGGGUUGCACCUUUAUUUUAAGAUCGUUACUGCGUUUAAUCUGCACAGAAUAAAAAUGAUCUACUAUGUGAUCUUAGGCUGGGGUAAGUAUUAUAAAAGACGUUUGUAUUGAACCUUCUAGUCUAUAAUGAGAUCAGCAUAUGGUACUUUUAAAAAUAUCACGAGCCCAAAUAUAAGCCUAUAAACUUCAACUGAAAAGUAACUUUUGUCGUUAAAAAAAGGGGCAAAACGCGAAAGUUAGGUAAUCAGAAAACUUUGGUGCAUGAUCGCUUUUCUUUUUAUUUCCAGGAUUUCCCGUUGUUGUUGUAGGAAUAUCUGCCACUACCAGGAUCAAAGGAUACGGUGCAACAGACGUGUAGGACUGUAUUUCUCUCCUUACAUCUUUUGUUCUAAUUUGCAAUUAACUGUGUUAGGCUCACUAUCUAUAGGGUUACCUGUGCACGCUGGUCUACGAAUUACCCCACCCCCCACCUCCUUCUGGGUGAGGGGUACUGAACAAAUUUCUAUGAGGGAAGACUCCGCCCAGAUGUGCAACCCCUUACCCUUUUAUAAACCAUUUUUGACAAAAAAGGUACCUACCCCUUUCGUAAUGCUUUCUAUUGACAACUACUUAGCUUAGAACGCUUCAUUCCUUUUUACCGCUGUAAAAGCGUUGUCUUUUUAAUAUUAAUAAAUCACUAAAUCAGGACGUUUUCAUGACUUUUUCACAGCCAUAAAAUGCGUCUGUUUUUAGAGCUCUUUUAGAUUCUUUUACACAUUGAAGUGACAGAUUUCCCUAUCCUUUCAUAUACUUCAACUAGCAGAAUUCCUACCCGUUCAUGUACCGGAGACCUGAAAAGGUAUAGGAUCGUAUAGGAAAUAUUCCCCGGAAUUUGCUUUGCCGGCUUUCGAGAAUACGGCAAAUUCAGAAUUUGAGGCAAAGAAAGGGAUUGAUUACAUUAUUAUAUUGCAAGUCUUAAUUUAAGCUGUAACGAAAGAUGUGGUUUUGGUUAUGGUUUCAGGUGCUGGUUGUCCUUAAAAAAAGGAUUUAUUUGGUCGUUUAUUGGACCAGUCAUGGGAAUAAUCGCGGUGAGAGACAACUUCAGACAACAUUCCUCUCAUCGACAUUAAUGCUAUCUUCCGUUAUUUGACUCUAACGAUAUUUAUUUCCAAUUUUUAGUUUAAUUUGUUAAUACUGGGACUGAUUAUUAAAACCUUGGUGUCUUUGUCAAACGUGGCUGAAUCUGAUCCUCGAGAAAAUAGAGCGAGGUGAGAAUUGUUCAUAGCUUCUGAAUUUUAAGUUUGAGUCUUGGAUGCGUCGCCAUUAUUAACGACGAAUCUGGAAAUGGUCUCAACAGCUGCAUUACAUAAAUAAUAAAAUUUGUUAUGACCAGUGUUUAUUGACAUCAGAAGUGCCAUAACAGCGUUAUGGCUUCAUGAGCAAAAUCAAAUAAUUAUUAUUUUCCUUUUAAAGUAAUAAUUUACACAAACUUGGUCACAGGACUCCAAGCCCUUACUUCUCAAGGCACAGGAUCGUCCUGCAAAUAGGAAAAGUGCCGUUGGUCCGUACAAAAAUUUUGCCGUUGAUUAAAAUUAACUGGUCUCAGAUACGCAAAAUCCAUUUAGUGAACGCCUCUUCUGUUCUCAGCGACAGGUUUUGUCAAGCUUUCCUAGGUGCCUUUAAUCCCUUUUCCCACAGAUUUUUGUUUGUUUUUCUUUUCAAAUAUUUUAUCUGAGUAACAAAGAUCGUUAACCUUAUAGCACCUCUUGUGAUACAUGUUUAAGGACAAUCCAUCAGUUCUGGAGUUACUGUUCAUUACCAAUUUAUUUUACCAACGACUCUCAAAAACGUAGAACAACAGGAUUACAAAGCAUAUUUUGGAUCCGUAUUAGCCAAUCUGAUUUUAUUCUGUUCUUCAGAUCUGGUGUUAAGGCAGCGCUGAUGUUGAUGCCUUUACUUGGGACCACAUGGGUACUUGGGCUUUUAAGCGUUAAUUCUGACACCGUCGUGUUCCAAUACUUGUUUGCUAUUGUCAAUUCCUUGCAAGUAAGUUCGGCAAGUGGUGCAUGUGCCCAAAUCAUAAUGGUUAUUUAUGAAACAAUUUACCUGAGCGCAGCGUCUCUAAGUUUGCAGCAAAAUUGCAGUUUUGUCUAUCUGUGUCUAAUUUUAGCAGAGUUGUGCGAUUAUGUUUAGCAAGCGGAGCAUACUUGUACCCAUCACAAAAACCAUACAUGAGACGGUUUUUCUAUUCGUCUCAGAGUUUGCGGAGCUGUGCAAACAUUUUUAGCAGUGAAUCAUGUACAUAUUAAAACUACAGUCUGUCUUUCAGUUUUCAAGUUUUGUACAAUUGUGGAAGUAGAUUUGGUAACUGGGCAAUGUAUACCCAUCAAAAAAACUAAAUGAGACAGUUUGUCCAUCCCUCUCCAAGUUUGCAGAGUUGUGCAAGUAGUUUUAGGGGGGGGGGAUUGGAGGAUGUACCCAUCGUAAUGAUCAAACCAUAAAUGAGAGUCUCAAUGGCGUUAACCGUCAGCCGUCAAAAAAGUUUAUUUUUUACCGUCAACCGUCAAGAAUGCAGAUUGAUACCGUAAAAAAAUUUCCAGGUAUUUCAAUCUUGCUUUUUUUUUCCUAUUUCAGCUGAUCGUCAUGGUUUACUGGCUCCUGAAGAAUCCAGCUCCAAACUGGAAAACCAGUUCCCAUGUUCUCAAAAGCACUCCUUCUAGACAUUACAAGACCUUAGAACUUGCUUAUAUCUGAAAAUUCUUCCAAAUUUUAUUUGUGGCAGGCAGGGACAACCUUUAAAACACAACAGUUAAUAUGAAUUUAUACAGAAGUCAAUAUUUACUAAAAUUCUUUGACCACAUUUUCCCUUAACAAACGUCAACCGUCAAAAGCUCUAAAAUUUAACCGUCAACCGUGUCCAAGCUGCCAAUCCAUUGAUACGUUCGAAUAGGCCGAAAAAUGUUUAUCCGUCUCUAUUUUUGCCGAGUAAAUUUUUUGCACCUGUGUAUUAAAGUUGUAUUGUUUCAGUUUAAGCCUAAAUACGAUAGCUUAGAACUUAUCACUGAACAAAUAUACGGCAUUGACGUUGUUUUUUUUUUUAUUUUGUUUUCUCUUUUUUGUGUCCAGGGCCUCUUUAUCUUUACUUGCCAUUGUGUUGGAAACUCUGAGGUAAAACGCCUCGAUGACCUAAAAUAGAUCAACUCUGCUCAUGAUAUUUCACUUCGUCCCAGAUUACUUUGUUUUAUUUUUAAAAGGCGAAGAUAAAUAGAUGAAAUAUUUUCAAAAUUUCGAUCCUGAUAUUAUUAUUUUAAUCCAUAAUUGGGGUUGAAUUGUUUGUUUUUAUUUAAAAUUCAAAGUCAACUUCAGAAAUGUUAGCGAAUUUGUUUGAACCUUCGACAACUCAUCGCCUUGUUUUCAUUUGUUUUCAAACUUUUUCAUGUAAUUUAAAUAGGUGCUGAAUUUACAAGCCGUUUAUGUAGAACUUUUUUCAAAACUGAAAAAAACAGACAUUCGGCGGCAAAACUGAAACAAAAAUGAAAGCAUGUUUAACGUCGCGAGAGGUUCCUUGAAAGUUUUAGAAAUGCUGUUUUCACAGUACCACGAUUCAGGACGAUUCCGGCGUACUCUUUUUCGUGUUUUCAGGGGCCAUGUCCUCUUUGAAGUAUUUAUUUCUUUUUUGGGGUUGUUUCUCCGUUUUGUUUGGUUUGAUUGCCAUUUUUGGGCCGUGUUCACAGGAUUUGAGGUUUUAUGUCUCUUCAUUAGUUCAGUUCAAAACAAGGAAGAACCUCCGGCUCACAACCCUGUUUGUUUUAACUCUUCAAAAAUGACAAUGAAUGGUUUUGAAGGGAUUGUAGAAAACCAAAGAGAUUUGACGAUAGUUGUUACGUAGAUGCGAAACAAUAUCGGUUUUCCUAAAUACCUCGCUUCGUUAACCAAUCAGAAUGCGAGAUUUUACUUAAUUAUGCGAUUCUAUUUAAAAUUGAUUUCUUAAAGUGUUAGCUUUGUACCCAGCUCAUCACCUGUGGUUCUUUUAUCAUUUAGGUGCGCAUGGCCUUAACUAAACUGAAAAACAGACAUUCUACAAAAAUAGCCUUUUCUCGAGAGGUAGGUUUACAGAGUAUU